AUGGGGAAAAAGGUUAAGAAGAAGGCAAGAAGUGGCCAAAAGGAGAAACGAGGUUCUUCCUCUUCUCCAAAACUAAUUUCCCAGCAAGGCAUUGACAAUGUUAAAAUUCAUGAGAGUGGAGGUGCAGUUGUAAAUGAUAGAAGAGUAUGUUCCCAUGUUGUCAAGGGAAUUAAUUUGGAGAAUCUUUCUUCUAAACUUGGGUCGUCAGAGCCCAUUGCAUGUGAAGAUUGUCGUGUUAAUGUGGCGGAUAGACGGGCGAGCAGAGGAAAAGCUAAGCACGGGAAGAAGGGAGGGAGUAAUACAAAAUCGGAGUCUAAAACAAUUUGGGUUUGUUUGGAAUGCGGACAUUUCUCCUGUGGAGGUGUGGGAUUCCCAACCACGCCCCAAAGUCAUGCAGUUCGACAUGCGAAACAGAGGCAUCAUCCACUAGCUGUCCAGUAUGAAAAUCCUCAACAGCGGUGGUGUUUUCCUUGCAAUACAUUAAUUUCAGCUGAAAAAUCGGAUGAACACAAUGAUGCCUUACAUGAAAUUGCAAAAAUGCUAAAGGAGAGACCUUCCGAAGGGUCUAAUGCAGAUGUUGAGAAUGUUUGGUUUGGCACUGGCAGUGUGACUGGUGGAAUAAAAGAACACUCUGUAUUUAUUGGUUCAGAUGGAAGAGCUAAUUAUUCAGUUAGAGAUGAAUCUGUUGGUCCUCUUACUGCUGCUCUGGGAAAGCUUUUCCUUGAAACCAGCCCAGAAGCUGGUACAAGUAAUGUGAUAAAUCCAAGGUCUUUAUUUGGUAGUGUUUGUUCUAAGGCUCCCCAGUUUAGGGGAUAUCAGCAACAAGAUAGUCACGAAUUGCUUCGAUGUUUGCUCGAUGGAUUGUGCACUGACGAAUUGAGUGCAAAAAAGCACAUCAAUUCAUCUCAGGAUGAUGGGAAGUCUACGGACACAGAUCCCACAUUUGUGGAUGCUAUAUUUGGAGGGAAACUUUCUAGCACAGUUAGUUGUUUAGAAUGUGGGCACUCUUCAACUGUUUAUGAGCAAUUUUUGGACCUGUCAUUGCCAGUUCCUACUAAGAAGCCUCCAUCAAAAAGGGUGCAGGCAGUCUCUCGAGGCAAGAAACCAAAAUUGCCUCCGAAAAGAAGCGGAAAGAUUCGCUCCAAAGUCACCAAAGAUGCUUUUAUACUACCAGCUCAGAGUGUUGUUGACCAAUCAACUGGUGACAAGUCUUCAGGUGAGGUGCAGUCGAGUUUACUUCCAGCAGAGCAAUUGGCGGUAUCAGAUUCCACUAACACUAAUGAUAUUGCUAACGAUAUGGGUUUGUCACCCUGGGAUCUUUCAGCUAUGGAAAAGCCUGAUUACCAGCAAGGAAUUGAGAAUGUUGGAGGGAAGUCAAGUUCACCAGAUAGUUUUGCAUGGCUAGAUUACCUUGAGCCAAAUGCGGCAUCAGAUAACAUUGAUAUGGCCUCAGAAAUUGACGAUCUUUCAGGAAACCAGGGUACAGCUAAUGAAAAUGCUCAUCAGAACAAUGACACUUCUCUGAAUUCUCUGGAACCUAGUAGAGAGAGUAAUUCACAACAUUUGACCUCAGCACCUUCCUCAGACAAUGUGAGACUGUUGGACUCUCUUGAACAAGUUACAUCAGCCAGUGAGCAUAUUUUGGUUUCACAAUCUGAUGAGAAAUGUUUGCCUAAAUGUUCCAUAAUCAAAGAAGCUUUUCAAGAUGAUACUUAUUUAGAGGGUAGCUCAGAAUCCUUUAAUCAGGUUUCCCAUAAAGGUUCAAAUUCUGAUGUUAGUUCUUCAAGGAGGGAUGAGGAAUUGCCAUUACAGAUUCAAGAUUCUGAAGUUCUGUUGCUUCCGUACAAAGAAGAUGCCCCAUCUAUUGCCGAGGUAUCAAAAGGAGAAAUUGAGGUCUCCUCAUUGGCUCUUUGUGGUGAACAAGAUUCCUUAGAAUUUGAUGGAUUUGGAGACUUGUUUAAUGAACCUGAGGCUGUGAUUGAAAGCAAUCACACAGGUUAUGAGGCAAAUGAAGUCAUUAAAAGUGGAUUUGGUGUUGGAAAUAGCAGUGGUUCUGAUCACGAUGAGGUUGAUGAUACUGAUGCUCCAGUUUCUGUAGAGAGUUGUUUAGCCUAUUUCACAAAGCCAGAACUUCUUUCCAAGGAUGAACAUGGUUGGCAAUGUGAUAAUUGCUCCAAAUUUUUACAAGAAAAAAUGGUUAGAUUGAGGAUGAAAUUACGAAAAGCUAGAUCAGAAAUGGCACUAGAUGGUUUUGACGAUAGAAAUCCAAGUGAUCCAUUGACUCAAGGCAAAAGUUGUGCUAAAGUAGAAUAUGUGAUUGGGAAUGUGGAAAAAUAUGUACCUCACACUUCUGAUGAGUGCUUAAAGAACAUAGAGGUUAUUGAUAAUGGAAAUUCAAUGCUUGUAAACAAUCCGCAAGCUGAGAUGAAUCCAAUUGCUCCCCAGUUAGAAGACAGAAAACCGGAGAGCGCAAGUGCCUGUCCUGGUCCAGCAGAGGCUUCACAUUCGAGUUGCCAAAAUGGUGUUAAUUGCAUCAUAAAUGAGUUCAGUGGUGAAAGUUGCAUCGAUACAACUCAGUCUAGAGAGACCGAUAAGUUUGCUGAACAAAAUGAAUCAGAAGUAAGUGUGGAAGACAAUCUGGAUUCAGAAAAGUUGAAAGUGAAGAGGGAUGCAACUAAGAGGAUACUCAUUGAUAAGGCUCCUUCUAUCUUGACAAUCCAUCUAAAGAGGUUCAGCCAAGAUGCUCGAGGUCGAUUGAGUAAAUUGAAUGGCCAUGUGAAUUUUAAAGAGACAAUUGAUCUCAAAAAAUAUAUGAAUCCCAGGUGUACUGAGAGAGACAGGUAUGUGUAUCGUCUGGUUGGAGUGGUGGAGCAUUUGGGGACCAUGAGAGGUGGCCACUAUGUUGCGUAUGUAAGAAGUGCCAAGGGUGAAAAUGGAGAUAGCGUGUGGUAUCAUGCCAGUGAUGCAUAUGUGCACGAGGUUUCCUUAGAGGAAGUUCUUAGAUGUGAAGCCUACAUUUUAUUCUAUGAGCAAACUUGA